GUUAAGUUUUAUUUAGAAGGUUGUGGUUGAUGGGCGUGUUGUACAAAGUUCUGAAUUUAUUUCGUUCCAUUUUGUGAACUUGACAGAGCCUGCUGGGCGCUGAUUCAUUCAGGAAUUUGAAUAAAAUAGUUCUAGAAAAGGAGUGCACUAUAACUUCAAUGUGUUGAAAAGCAUGAUAAUUUAAAACAAACAAAGUUAGGUGAUAACAUUCAUUGAUAUGUGCUUUUAAUAUUUUUGUUAUACCAUACAGAGUAAAAUUAGUGUAUGAUAUAAUUUUACAUGACUAACAUGUCAUAGGAAAUUUAUAGUGUUUGUAUGAAUAAUAACUUAGGACAUGGAUUUGGACUAAUUUUGUCACCUAUUGCUAGCAAGGAAAGAAUGAGUGAUGUUAAAAGCCAAGCAGUUGAAGUGUACAAGAAACAUCUACUUAGUAAAGAAAGCCAUGAAUGGGAUACUGACCAGAACACAGAGGAGAGACUAGUUCAGGUCAAAGCUUUUGUGCUGGCAUUUCUGUGUACCUGCGCCCCUGAAAAUAAGUUUCAGUAUAUCGAAAUUCAGGAUAUCAUAUUAAAGAGUGCAUCAAUGCCCAAUUUUGUUGCAGCAAAGUGUGGUGAAGCGUUUCGUCAUGUGGAGGGUUAUAUUAUUCUUCUGUGUCUUAUGCCAUGGAAACAGGAGUUUUGUAAAUUAAAGAAAUAUGGAGGAUUUUUUCGUACAAAAGUAGAAUCACAUCUUAAAAAUGUGGAGUCCUUGUUUCGAAAGAUUGGAUACAGAGAGUCUUCUAGUCAGCUACUUAAGUUAGACGUUGUACCUCCUCCUGAUAUUCUCUUGUAUAUCGCUUUUGAAUGCUUAAUGGCGUCAGUGGAGUGUGAAAUAAUAGGCGAAAUAUGGAAGUUAGUCGAGCAUACUGGAAUAAAGGUUUUUGAAGUGGUAAAAUUUCGAUUACAAACACAGGGGUCCGCGGCAUCCACUGCAGAAAUAAUUUGCUCAAAGUAUGGAAUGAAAGUUCCACAAAAGGUGAAACAAGCCGAAGGUAUCGGAACCGAUCAACAUUUAAGUCGAGGUUCAAGCAGCAAUGAUUUAAGUAAAGGUAGUCGUCUUUCUAAGGGAGUUAAUUUGGAUAGUAAAACAGGUGUUAAAGGUAAAUCAACUGAAGAUUUUAGAAAUCGGUUGCAACAACAUUUGCAAUUGAUUGAUAUUCCUUAUAUGGACGAAGAAACAAAAGAACUUGACGCUGAAUGUGGUGAUAUUGACGAACAUGUAUUGGCAAGUAUAAAACAUCUUGACGACAAAUACGUGACUCCAGAUGAAAAGCAGGAAGAAGUUGUUAAUCCGCUUAAACCAUCGCAGGAAUGGUCUUUUGUGAAUGAAGGUUUAAUGCAAAAAUAUGGUGAAAAGUAUUUCGAAGGUCCCAGAAAAGAUUUUCUGAAGGAAACACCUCUAGUGGAGGAUGUGAGUGGUAAACCGACUUAUGUUCGUAUUGGAGCUUCUCAUGUGUAUGCCAAUGAAGCAGCCGAACGGUUUGCAAAGCUUCCUUACAGCUCCCAAAUUAAUGAUGUUAAAAGUCAUCAAAUCUUGAGUAAAGACUCGGGAUACGUUACUAACUCGACGAGGGAGCCUUUUACUGAAGCAAAUUUUUCUCACAGUACUAACAUACCGAAUGUCACUCAUCCUCGUAUUAACCCACAUAAUUAUCAAGGCAACCGUUUUUCUGAGCCAUCCCCUAGCAACAAUAACCUAUCAUAUGAAGGCCAAGUUCGAAGGCAAAAACUGCCAUCGGCGUCAGAAGUUAUCCAAAGGUCAACACAGUCUGGAUCACACACGAUACCGUUUGCAUACCCCGCAAAAAACACUGUACCUACAGGAAGCUUUACGGCUCCAGUGAAUAUUCGAUCUGUCAGUGACGGCUCCAACCCUUUGAAUGUUAAAUAUCCGCCCCAGAUUUUGAGUACAGGCAGCACUCGGGCCGUUGGUUGGUCCUGCAAAUACUGCACUUACAAAAAUUCAUUAGAUUGGACCGUGUGUGAAAUAUGUGGGAAGAGCAGGGGCAGCCUCGAGUUGGAUGGUCCGCCCUUAGUCGGGUACACGUCACGGAUAUGCGUGCACUGUACGCUGGAAAAUGACGUCAAUACCACGAUCUGUCAUGCCUGCGGUGCGGCAUUGAGUGGGUCGCAAACAGUAGUCUAGGUGUAUAACUUUAAUUUAUUUAUUUAAAUUAUGAACCUAUAACUAAUCAGGCUUAACAUGUUUUUCAUCUGUGUGACCUCCAAUCCAUAUUUUAUAGUAGUUAAUGUUUGUUUUUAUAAUUAAGGGUUGGAAUGAAUCCUGAAUUUUAUCUAUUGACCCUAUUAUCCAUAUACAGUAACCUAUCUUUUGAAAACGUCGGAAAAUAGUUAUGUUCGUUAUUUUCGAACACACUUUUAAAUACAUGAUCAUGCUUACAUUGAUUGGCUAAAUAUGUCACAUGUUGUUUGAAGCUAAUUGUUUCACAAAUACUUGAAUUAUAUUUAAGUUGUAAUUAUUGUAAUAACUUAAGUAAGUGUAAUAUUAUACAUGGUGAAAAUUUGACAAACACGCGUUCAUGAUUACAUUAUAUGCUGGCAGUAGUGAUUGUUUAAUGUAUUAACCGAAUGUUUAAAUAUGCCAUUGAAAACAAUAUCCUGGCAAUAUUUGAAUACAUAUCUGUAAUUGUGAAAAUAAAAAACUCGAGGGACA